UCCAGCAAUCCGUCCCAUUCCAACAAACAGCGAGCACCUUCUCCAUCUAACCAAAUCGACCGCCAGGGCGAGCGCACCUCCGUCCAGUCGACCAAAGAGAAGGAGACCUCCAAGAAGCGUCCGCGCUCUGAGGUGACUGGUCCUCAUUCCAGCGGUGCGCCCCCCUCGCCCAGGCGGUCCCAGGUAGAGACACACUCUACCGGGGGGCCGGUCGUUCAACCCAACCCUUCUCUUUCGUUGGUCUCAGCAGGACCCCAAGAAGCCGUUUCACGCUUGAUGGGGUUCCUACCAUUCAACGACACCCACCGGUGGGGUGUGAAUCGCCGAUCUCAGGCUGAAUACGCUGCCCGUGCCGUGAUAAAGGUAUACUUCUUUUCCUCAUGUGCGUCCUUACAUAUUUCGCCUUCAUACUCUUCCUCACCAUUUGCUCGACCACAGACCCUUACUUCCGUUGUACCUCUCCUCGAGGAGACGCUGAACGGUUCUGGUCGUCCAAUCCCCGUGCUUGAAGGCGACAACCGGCGCUUAGAAGAAGAGAAUAGGCGUCUGAAGGCGGAAAAUGAGGAUUUGCGCAAAACUCGCCACGAGUUAACUGGCCAGCUGAAGAAGGACGAGCAACGGUACGAGGAAGCGCUGAAAGCCAAGGACCAGCUGCUCGAGGCUGAGAGGUCGAUCCGGAAGAAGGAGGUUGAAGCAGCCGCCAUUGCCGCCAUGGAAAAGUCCCGACGGGCCUUGUGGAGAACCCAACUCGGCCAAGGCUUCCUCAAGGCUUAUCGGGAGCAGUUGAUCGAGGAUUACCUUUGCUCGACCGCCUUCCUCAAGGAGGCCGCCGCAAUGGGGAUGGAUUUCUAUACUUACAGUAUGGAAGAGGUUAAGCGACAGCUAAAGGAGAUGGGGUUCACGGGCGAGCUCGACCAGGACAAGACCUGGGAGGCGAUCCCUUCUGCGCCUUCCAACUUCACCGGAGAUCCCAGCCUGCCUGCUGAGCAUCCUUGGUGGGCAGAAUCCUUGGAGUGGUCUUUAACUCGGGAUCCCUCCUUGAAGAGCUCCUUUGAUGUACCGCGGCCUGGUGAGGCGCCCGUGGUUCGUCUUUCUGUUAUCGUUCCCCCGCAACCGUCGACCACCCCUGCUCCUUCGUCCUCUUCUGGUCCAUCCUCUUCUGUCGCUGCGCCAUCCAUUUUCUCAGUCGCUGUCCUUUCCUCGACUAUGUCUCUGCAACCUUCGACCACUGCUGCUCUCUUUUCUUCAACAGUUGCUCAGUCGACUAGUGUUGCUAGCUUUUCUUCAUCAGUUGCUCGGUCGACCACCGCCGCUGCUGCCAUAUCUGCAACGGUUGCUCAGUCGACCGCA